AUGGGUUCACUUGGAUACAGUCAAAGGAAGAUCCGAAUUGCGAUUGAUCGCGGCGGUACAUUUACAGAUGUACAUGCCUACAUUCCCGGCUCUUCUGAGCCAGAGAUGGUGUUCAAGCUAUUAUCGGUCGACCCACGUAAUUACAAUGACGCUCCGACGGAAGGAAUUCGUCGUGUACUAGCACACUUCAGAGGAAAGCUACUUCCUCGCGACGAGCCGUUGGAUAUUACAGACGUCGAGUCAAUUCGAAUGGGCACGACUAUUGCGACAAAUGCACUGCUCGAACGCCAGGGUGAACGAGUCGCAUUCCUAACUACGAAGGGCUUCCGUGACCUGCUGGUCAUUGGCAACCAAGCGAGGCCUCACAUUUUUGACCUGAGCAUACAUAAGCUUCAGAAUCUACACGAUACCGUGGUCGAAAUUGAUGAGCGGGUCACAAUGGAAGAGUUUCUCGAAAAUCCCGAAAAGGAACCCAUUGAUAUCAACAGCGAUGACGCCCUGGUCGAGGGUUUGACAGGCGAGCCAGUCAGAAUCUUGAAGAGACCCAACACCGAAGCGAUCAGAGAUCAACUGAGACAUCUUCAAGCCGAAGGAUUCAACAGCUUAGCCAUAUGCUUCAUAAACUCUUACCUUUAUCCCAAUCAUGAGAAUCAAGUUGCCGAACUUGCUCGGUCUAUGGGCUUCGAGGUCUCUGUUUCAUCGGAGCUUCAGCCUACGAUCAAAAUGGUGUCUAGAGGAAACUCCGCGACCGCUGAUGCGUACCUUUCGCCUCUCAUCCGGCGUUACGUCAAGAACUUCGGCAGCGGCUUCAAGGGCGGACUGGACGCCGUGGCUGGGAAGCUUUUGUUCAUGCAGAGCGAUGGUGGUCUCUGCCUGUGGCAGAAGUUUUCUGGUCUGCGAGCUAUUCUUUCUGGCCCUGCAGGAGGGGUGAUUGGCUUUGCGCGCUCGUGCUAUGACCCCGACGACAAGAUGCCUGUCAUCGGCUUCGAUAUGGGAGGAACUUCGACAGACGUCAGUCGCUUCUCGGGUACAUACGACCAUGUCUUCGAGACCGAGACUGCAGAGGUGACCCUGCAGACUCCGCAGCUCGACAUCAGCACUGUUGCUGCUGGUGGAGGGUCGAUAUUGCAUUGGAAGAACGGUCUGUUCGCGAUUGGUCCGGAUUCUGCGGGGGCGCAUCCUGGGCCUGUAUGUUACCGAAAGGGUGGUCCUCUUACGGUCACCGAUGCCAAUCUAUUCCUGGGACGACUUCGCCCCGAAUAUUUCCCGGCAAUCUUUGGCCCUGAAGAGAAUGAGCCUCUGGACUAUGAUGCAACAGCGUAUGCUUUCAAGAGUUUGACCGACAAAAUCAACGCGGAGGAGGGAAAGUUAUUUACUCCCGAAGAAGUCGCGAGUGGCUUCCUGCGCGUGGCGAAUGAGAGCAUGAGCAGGCCGAUUCGAUCAUUAACCGAGGGAAGAGGCAUCCGGACCUCAGAACAUGUCUUGGCCACCUUCGGUGGGGCUGGAGGUCAGCAUGCCUGUGAUGUUGCCGAGGCACUAGGCAUCCAGCGGGUUGUGAUCCAUCGGUACUCUUCGGUCCUCUCAGCAUACGGAAUGGCAUUGGCGGACUUGACGCAUGACAUCCAACGGCCUCGUGCGGCACGGCUGUCAGAGAUGAAGGAGGCCCAGUUUGCCAGCGAGUUUGGGUCCCUGACUUCAGAAGCUGGCGAGACACUCACCGCCCAAGGAUUCACAGACCAACAGAUCGAGUAUGAGCUGUACCUCAACCUCCGGUAUCAAGGCACAAACAGCUCUCUUAUGAUCGAGAAGCCUAACGACUCAUGGGACUUUUCCCGGAAGUUUAUUGAACACCACGAGGAAGAGUUUGGAUUUAUUCUUGACCGCGAGAUCCUUGUCGAGGACAUUCGAGUACGCGCCCUGGGCAAGACUGCAGGAACGGAAAGCAUGAGUGUUUCUUCUGCACUCAAAGCCGUUGACAUCAGGCUCGCGCCACCGACGAACAGUGCGAGGACCACGAGGGUCUACAGUCAGAACCAGUGGCAUGAGGUGAACCUGUUCAAGCUGGAAGACCUUACGGCAGGGGACAAGGUGCCGGGUCCUUCGAUCAUUCUCGAUCAAACGCAGACUAUCCUCAUACAGCCAGGAUGGGCAGCUACCGUGCUUCCGAGGCAUCUUUUGCUAGAUCGUGAAGAGACGCCCUUAAAGAACACAGCCUUGGAGGAUCCUGAUGUCGUGGAUCCCAUUCAGCUCUCCGUUUUUGGUCACCGGUUCAUGAGCAUGGCGGAGCAAAUGGGGCGUUCGCUCCAACUCACGUCGGUUUCUAUCAACAUCAAAGAGCGCCUUGACUACUCGUGCGCAAUUUUUUCUCCUCAAGGUGGCCUUGUCGCUAACGCACCGCACAUUCCGUGCCACCUUGGCGCGAUGAGCUAUGCCGUGGCCUACCAAGCCGAAAGAUGGGGCAAAACCCUUUGCCCCGGCGACGUCCUGGUUUCGAACCAUCCUGCCGCUGGCGGUUCACAUCUUCCUGAUGUCACAGUCAUUUCUCCUGUGAUUGACGAACACACCAACGAAGUUCUUUUCUGGACAGCGUCGAGAGCCCAUCACGCGGAUAUUGGCGGUAUUGCGGCAGGAUCGAUGCCGCCACACUCUAAGGAAAUCUGGCAGGAAGGAGCGUCUUUUACCUCAUUUAAGCUUGUCAAUAACGGCAAGUUCAAUGAGGAGGGGCUGGCGGAGAUCAUGUUGAAGAAGCCUGCCUCCUACCCUGGCUCUUCCGGGACGAGAACAUGGAGUGACAACGUUAGCGAUUUGAAGGCUCAGAUUGCCGCGAACCAGAAGGGCAUUCGAUUGAUCCACGAGUCAAUCAAGGAGUACGGUCUUCCUACAGUACAAAAAUACAUGCUUGGGAUCCAAGACAACGCUGAGAAGGUCGUGAGAAAUCUCCUACGACAGGUUCAUGACCAGUUUAGCGGUCUACCGCUGGAAGCAGAAGAUCAGAUGGACGAUGGAUCGAAGCUGGUGCUGAAGAUACACAUCAACCGCGAUGAGGGGUCCGCCAAAUUUGAUUUCACCGGUACCAGUCGAGAAGUGUAUGGCAACCUCAAUGCCCCACGAGCCAUCACCUUCAGUGCAAUCAUCUAUGUCCUGAGGUCACUGGUGAAAGAAGACAUCCCUCUCAAUCAGGGAUGCCUUGCACCAAUCAAUGUGGUUCUUCCAGCAGGGACUAUUCUUUCGCCCUCUCUAGGGGCAGCAACUGUGGGAGGGAAUGUCGAGACAUCGCAGAGAGUUACAGAUCUUGUCCUCAGGGCGUUUCAAGCGGCCGCGGCCAGCCAGGGAACGUGCAAUAACCUGACAUUUGGGUACGGAGGUGAAGUCAUUGAUGGCAAGGCAAGACCAGGUUUCGGUUAUUACGAGACAAUCGCAGGCGGCGCUGGCGCGGGUCCGACGUGGGCUGGCCAGUCUGGUGUUCACGUUCACAUGACCAAUACUCGAAUCACGGAUCCCGAGUCUCUUGAGCGGCGCUAUCCUUGUAUCUUACACGAGUUCGGUAUUCGGAAAGGCUCCGGCGGCCAAGGUAAGUUUUCGGGCGGAGAUGGAUGCAUUCGUCAUAUCGAGUUCCGCCGCGACGUGCAAGUCAGCGUUCUAAGUGAGAGACGUUCUGUGCCUCCUUUUGGGCUCUGCGGAGGGGAAUCAGGUACACCUGGCGAGAACCUCUGGAUCAGGAAGGACGAAUAUGGGCUCCGAGAGAUUAACCUGGGAGGCAAAAACACAUGUCAGAUGCGUAAGGGUGACCACAUCAUCAUAAAGAGUCCAGGUGGAGGAGCGUAUGGAAAGUUGGUAUAA